AUGAUACGCGGCUAUGUUCCGGUGAGGGUUCUUCCUCGACCGUUCACAAAUUUGAACCUCUUCGAGCAUUUGAGCGGUGCUCGUAUCAACGCUAAUAUCAACCCCAGAGAGCAAAGAUUCAACAUUUUCAAAAAUCUAGCCUUGUGUUGUUGUCAAGCACCAACGCCAUUAUCACAGUACCGCAAUGUCCGAGGUUAUUGGCCUGUUGACCGCUGUCUCGUCCAGUCGACGCCUGGCGGUGGGCGCACGAAGGAAUGUUCCCAAGUCAAGAGCCGGGAACCUUGGGAGCUGGAGAUCAAGUGA